AUGGCGGACCAAGACUUCGAUACCGUCAUCAGCACCCUCGAAAACGCGACACCCAAUGAUCGUGUUGCGAAGAUCUUGCUGAGCCUCCUACAGUUUAUGAGGGUUUCCGCCGACAGCACAGAAGUGCAGCUUUACAAUUUGAUUCACGCAAUCUUGGGUCUUGAAGUCGAAAAGCCGGACGAUAUCAAUUUCGAAUGCCACCUAAGCCAUCUUCCGAGCGACUACUACAGCAAGAUCUUGGGCGAGCAGAUUGCAGCCGCAAACUGA